GGGACCAUGCGCCCGGCCGCGCGGGCAGCCCGGGGACCCGGCGCAACUUGCCGGGCAGCCUGAGGAGUUGGGGCGGCCGCGGUCUCGGCGCCGGGGCUCCCGGCCCCUUUCUUCCCCCUCGCCAGACCCCCUCCUUUUCGGCCGUGGGGGUGGGGGCUCGUGUCCCCCUCCCCGGAGGCCAGGUCUGCCCCCACCGGGUCCGGUCCUGCUAAGCCACACAACUUCCCGGGAGCCGGGACCAAAGUGAGCGCAAAGUGCUGCCCAAGUUGCCGGGAUGGAGCUGCAGAGCCGGCCCGAGACGCUCGCCGUGGAACUCGCGCGCCACCAGAACGGCGACCUCAAGAAGCAGCUCCACGAAAGGCAGCCGCGGAUCGCAGCGCUCAGCGACACACAAGCUUUGGGAUCCAUCACUGCAGUGCCUGUCACAGGUCCUCAGGUCAGCUCCUUGCAGAGGUUGGCCGGGCAAGGAGCGGCAGUGCUACCUCAGGUUAGGCCAAAGACUCUGAUUCCAGACAGCCUCCCCGUCACCCCGGGCCGGGACCGGCCACCCAAGCAACCCCCAGCGUUCCAGAAGGCCACCGUGGUCAGCAUCAAGAACCCCAGCCCAGCCCUCCCCACCGCCAACAACACCGUCGGCCAUGUGCCGGCUCCCAGCAGCCAGCCCCAGGCUCUAUCCGAGCCCGCCAUCGCCUCGCCCCUGAGUAGCGCCGGGGUGGCCUACGCCAUCAUCUCCACCUCCCCUAGCAAUGCCACCACCAUGACCCCCAGCACCGCCAUGUCCAUGGUCGGCCAUGGCAUCAAAGCCCAGCCCCUCCUCAUCAGUGCCGACGACAAGGUCAUCAUCAUUCAGCCUCAAGUGCAGACACAGCCCGAGAGCACGGCAGAGUCGCGGCCACCCACAGAGGAGCCAUCUCAGGGAGCUCAGGCCACCAAAAAGAAGAAGGAAGACCGGCCCCCGAGCCAGGAGAACCCCGAGAAAAUCGCCUUCAUGGUAGCGCUAGGCCUGGUGACGACGGAGCACUUGGAAGAAAUCCAGAGCAAGCGGCAGGAGCGGAAGAGACGGAGCACGGCCAACCCCGCCUACAGCGGCCUCCUGGAGACCGAGAGAAAAAGGCUGGCCUCCAACUAUCUCCACAGCCCCCUGUUCCUCACAGCAAGAGCCAAUGAGGACCCCUGCUGGAAGAACGAGAUCACGCAUGACGAGCACUGCGCCGCCUGCACACGUGGGGCCAACCUGCAGCCCUGCGGCGGCUGCCCGGGCGCCUACCACCUCAGCUGCCUGGACCCGCCCCUCAAGACGGCACCCAAAGGCACGUGGCUGUGCCCCAAGUGCCAGCAGAAGGCCUUAAAGAAAGAUGAGGGUGUGCCCUGGACGGGGAUGCUGGCCAUCGUGCACUCCUAUGUCACCCACAAGACAGUGAAAGAGGAGGAGAAGCAGAAGCUGCUGCAGCGAGGCAGCGAGCUGCAGGACGAGCACCAGCAGCUGGAGCAGCGGGACCGGCAGCUGGCCUCGGCCCUGAAGAAAUGCCUGGAGCUUAAGACAAGCCUGCUGGCCCGCCAGAGGGGCACCCAGUCAUCCCUGGACCGCCUCCGGGCCCUCCUGAGACUGAUACAGGGCGAGCAGAUGCUCCAGGUUACCAUGACGACCACCAGCCCUACCCAGCUGCUAGCUGGACCCUGGACCAAGCCUUCAGCUGCAGCCCUGCACUCCGCCCUCCAGCACCCCCAGGGCCACAACUGACCCCCAGGGACCGGUCUUCA